AUGGGUCAUUUUUUGAUAUUUCACAGAAACUGUUUCUUCGAAUCCAUCCAGAUAACCUGGAAUUCAUCCAGAUAACCUGUUCACUAGUUCGUGUGUGUGUGCGUGUGGACGAAUAGAUUUGUAGGACUCCAUACAUGUCAAGUACCUGCUCGAAUAUCGGAAAGGACACUAUAGUUGGCCAGCAUAUGAGAAGGAUCAGACGAGGCGUUAACAAGGUCUAAGACUUCUGACAGAAUAUACUGGUUCAGCGAGGGCAGGUAAAAAAACUGACACAAGAUGGCGUCAAACAGAACAGAGAGCGCCGACAUUUGCGUGGUGUGCUUUCAGACCAGACCACUGAAAGUUGCCGGAAGAUGCAAGCAUAGCUUCUGUACUGAAUGCCUUACAAAUACUUUGGGGAGCCAUGGCGCUGACGUGUUCAGCUGUCCUACAUGUCAGGCGGACUGUCUGUAUCCUAGGAAUGGUGUGGAGGGACUGGUCGACUUUACUGGAGAGGAGGUGGCCGCUGAGGAUUUAGGACCCCUGGUGGAGCAGGGGAAAGCAGUCAAAGGAGACGACGCAGCAAAAUAUGUUCCCGGGGAUAAGAAAAGCGACAGCAGGAAUGAGACACUUGAGAAAGAUGCAGAGACUGUGCUGGAUAGAUGCAAAAUUUGCCGCCUCAACAAAAGGGAAGUUCAAGCAAUUAACUUAUGCAUUCCAUGCGGCCAUCUUUACCUUUGUGGGGACUGCACUGAGGUUCAUGCAAAGAACAAGGCAACACACAAACAUGUCGUGAUACCCCUGCAGCCCGAGAGAAAAAAACAAUUAGCUGUAUGCCAAAAACAUGACUUUGGCUUAGAUAGCUAUUGCCAAGAAUGCAAACAGGCAGUGUGUGGUGCUUGUGUCAUGGUUGAGCAUGGGGAUCAUACCAUAGAAAAGUUUGCGGACUUUUUAGAUAGACAGGUCGACACAUUGACAGUUGUUCUUGAAGAAAGAGGGGAAAGGCUCGAUAAGUUGCAGGAGUUAGAAGUGGAGUUGAUUUUGUUGACAAGAAUUGCCCCGGUGGUAGACAAACAAGACAUCCUGCUCAAAGAAAUUGAGGAUCAUGCGCAGAAGUGUAUCGAUAAGAUCGUAAAGUGGAAGGAAGACUUGAAAGGACAAGUCAAAGCGGACUACCAAAUCAUUCGUGACAUUCCUGAGUGCCUGCAGAAGGUUUCUGAGAGGGUUCAGAAGAUGCAGGUAUCUAUCGAACAAGCUGGGAUGUUACUUGCCCAGACAGAGUAUCAACCCAUGUACCUUGACAGAGUGAUGAAAUUGCAGCAUGACCUUGAAGCCCUCGCAGAAACACUGGACGAAGAGGGAGCAGGAUACACAGAUAAAAUCCAACAGCUCUAUAAUCAUGAUUGUCGUUUCACUCCGAUGACAAUGGAUUCCUUUGGAAAGAUGGAUAGAAGCCAAGCCAAGACAGGAUAUUUCAAACCUGAGGAAAUUUUCAAGUUUACAAUGCCAGUAGACUCCAAUGACAAGUUCAUUCCAUGUGUAGCAAACCUUGGCCAAAGAUAUGCUAUUGCUCAUCCAAUAAGAGAGGGAGAACCAUCCGAUGCUGUCGACAUUUACGACUUCCCUGGCAAGCUGAAGCACACAUUGAAAGCACAUGUGCCUCCCUUGUACGACAUGUGUGCAACUCCAGAUGGGAAACUUGCCUUGCUUUCUGAUGGGACAGGGGACACUAGCUGCUGUGUCAAGUUGUUUGAUGCAGAGGACGGCUACACAAGAUCAACUCUUGACUUCGACAUAGCAAAACCGUUAUCACUUGGAGUUACCCUGCAACAUCAGUACGUCAUCCUCGGUGAUACUGAACAAGGAGAGAGGCAGAUUAUCGUUGUUGACAAGGAUGGUCGAGUGGAACAUACACAUGUUAUUAAAGAAGAAAUUAAAGAGAAACGAAUCAACCCGAGCAGGAUAACAUGUGGAGGAAUGUUCAUCUAUGUCAUUGGGAAGUUGGGUGCUUUUUCCUAUAAGAUAGAGGACACGGGGAUUGCUGCCUCCAGUGCGUCUUUCUUCUUCUCUCACCCUCUUGAUACCCACGGUAUUGACAUCUCAGCAAAUGUGUGGGAUGGUUGCCGUGUUUCUUUUACUCUUGAAAAUAAGAUCUACAUUCAGAAAUUGGUAAAGAAAACAAACAAGGACAAGACUUCAUGGACUUGUGAUGGGUGUAAAGUACUUCUGCGUAACUUGACCGGGGCAGAUAGGGAAACAAGAGUCUCCUCAAGGGGUUCUCUCAUAGUCACGUCUCACGGUCAAACAAUCAGGGUCUACAAAGAAUAGUCAAAGGUCAUUAGCCCAAACGCUUUAGAAAAAGGUCCAGUGUUAUUGUUAACAAUGAUGCGACAAUGGCAGACUCGUUCCACAAGCAGUAACAAACUGCAUGUAAAGCGCACCAAAACCGCCUAUGGUGACAGGUGUUUCUCUGUCGGUGCUGCACGCUUGUGGAAUGAGCUGCCACAAAACAUAACUUCCCGGGAGUCCACUGCAGCAUUCAAAAAUGGGUUAAAGACCUGGUUAUUCAGAAAGUUUUAUGGGGAGUAGCUUUUUAACAGCAAUCGUUCUGAGAAGCGCUAUAUAAGCACUACAAUAUUAUUAUUAUUAUUAUAAUGGCUGAUAACUGAGAAGAAAAGUAAAUUUAAGAUGGUGCACAUCCCGAAGAAGGGACAUAUACUCGAGAGAAUGUUUUCAAGCAUUCAAAUUGUGGAAAAAACGGAAUGAUCAAUCGAAAUAUGAUACGUUUGCACUGAUAUGAAUAUCUGAUGUGAGACACAAGAACUCCGUUGAAAAAAGAAAUACACGUAGGGUUGACUUAAUCUUUAAUCACAUUUUUUUCAAGUUUAAUUCAUCAGUUUAGUCAUAAGGAACAUGAUUAAAUGCGGAGAGAAGUCUUAAGACUUUUAGCACAUAACAGACACUUAUUUUGUGGCCCUACUAGCACAUCGUUACCUUUAGAUUUCACUUUACUAAUUGAACUGUCAUAAUACAUUGUAUAAGCAUAUACUAAUCAGAUUUCAAAAUGAUUGUGCAAAAAAGUUAUUUGCCUCUGAUAGCAUGAAACCUUGUUGAUCAAACACCACUUUGUAACCUUUCAUAUUCUACUCCAGAAAUCAAUAGUAACCACAAUGUUUUCUUAUACUUUUUGAAGUCACUUUAUGUACUUAUUUCAAAGGCGUUUUUCAACACGUGACCUUUUGUUGUGGCAGGAGGUGCUUUGUGUGAACGGCAUUGAUGUUUGGACUUCAGUUCAUAUAACUGUGAAAACACAGGUUCUCUACUUGGUUUCAGGGACAGCUGCUUCUGUAGAGAAAUUGGCAAAUGCAAUAAAUUGUAUACAGAAUGUACUGAGAUUCAUCAGUACGUGUA